UCGCACGAAGUUCAUACAAGGGUCCCUGUUCUCUGCCCCACCAACACCUGAGUACCACCCCGCAAAACGUCAAGUCCCGUGACGAAGCACCACGGAACACUUGUCUCACCUGCCAUUCAUUUUGCAUGCCAUGCUUCUUAACUAUAGCUUAUCUGUGAGAUCGACAUGUCUACGAUGAAAUUAGGUAGCGCUCCACAACGGAUCAGCUGCAGCGGGUAAACACGAGCAUCGCGUAGUUCGAAACACAAACUCCUUGCACCAACCACACUUCCCAGCUGCAUCUUCGUCACAUAUGCACGAGGUUUAUUGUUUGGUCCCACUGCAGACAAUCCCUGCUGUACCAUGGAGAGCUCGGCGGGGGAGCAAAAGCUUGAUAUGAUGUGGGGUUCGUUGGCAUUUCUGCUUCUUAUUCUUCUUCAUUUCCCUGGCUUUUCUUUGACACGAUCCUUGAGAACUGUGGUGUGCUUAGUUGAACAACAAAAUACAAGGUUUUCUUUAUCCCUGGGGAUCUAUAUGAGUGAGCGAUGGCGCCUGUGCAUCUAGUCCACAGUCACGCCCACGAGGAAAACCUCCCUGGCACCGUCAAUCUCAAAGCAAGCGACGGCGACGACACUGCCUACGGCCAAGCGCUGUACCCUGUCCCAGCAGAAGACCCUAACGAUCCCUUACAAUGGUCUCCGACCAAGAAAAAUCUCAUCCUUCUAGCGUGCUCGCUGUAUUCCUUCCUUGGUAACUGCGCAACGUUGGGGCCGUCUGUGUAUAUCAAGCUCUAUGCGGAGGAAUUUGGGGUUUCGCCGACCGUGGCAUCGGAUUUGGUGUCUUAUCCAAAUUUGGCUUUUGGGUUUGGUUCUUUGAUCUUAGUUCCGCUGUAUUUGAAGAUUGGAAGACGACCUGUCAUGCUUGGGUCUAUGGUUCUGUUUUGCGCUGGGCUUAUUGGCGCUUCUCAAGCUACAACCUUUGGAGGAUUGAUGGCCGCACGUAUCGUACACGGAUUUGGAGCAGGCGUGUGUGAAGCGCUGCCUGUACAGCUUGUCAAUGAUAUCUUCUUCUUGCACGAGCGCGGGAAAAGGAUUGGGUACUAUACAGUUGCUCUCUGUUUUGGCUCUACCGGACCGCUGUAUGCUGGCUACAUGUUGGCAGGUGGUUACUCUUGGCAGCUAUUCUUCUACGUCGUGUUUGCUUUCGCCGUUGCGCUGCUCAUCUUCACCUUCUUCGUUGUUGAAGAGACGGCAUACAAGCGGAACAACGACGUCUCACUCUCGCCUUCCAACACAAUCUCUUCAGACCCCCUCACCAGCGAUAAACCCACAAACCAACACCAAGAAACAAUCCAACCUUCCACCAUCCCCGCAGACACGGAGCAAGCCCCAACAACCCCACCACGCAAACCAUUCCUCCAAACCCUCCACCUCUGGUCCACCAUCGACCACUCCCAAGAAUUCUGGAUCAUGAUCCCACGCUCGCUAACCUACUUCCUCGUCCCCCAAGUCCUGUGGGUGAUAACCUCGUUCGGGAUCUACAUCGGCCUAGGCGCCCUGGCCUUCAACUACACCUUCCCCCUCAAAAUCACCGCACCCCCAUACUCUUGGUCGCAAACGAACUCGGGCCUCAUCACCAUCGCCACAUUCCUCGGGUUCCUCCUCGCCAUGCCGUUCCUCUCCAGCUCAGACCGCCUCGCCGCCCACCUCACCCGCAAGAACAACGGCAUCCGCGAAGCCGAGAUGCGUCUCGGUGUCAUGCUGCCGGCCAUGUUGAUCGCGCCCGCGGGCAUCGUGCUGUACGGGCUCGCCGCGGAGCGCGAUCUACACUGGAUCGCGUAUUUCGUGGGCGUGGGUAUGGAUCAGUGGGGGGCGUUGUUCUACUUCAGCUUCACCCUCGCGUAUGCCGUGGACUCGUAUGCUGCUAAUACCUCGGAGAUGCUGAUUGCUAUGAACCUUGGCAAACAGGCGAUUAGCUUUGGCAUGGGCAUCUAUUUGCUUGAUUGGGUGCUGGAACAUGGGUUUGGCGUUACGAUUGCGGGGAUUUUCGCGGGCGUGUUGUUGGCCAAUAAUCUUGUGCUUGUGGUGUUUAUGGUUUGUGGGAAGAGGGUGAGGGUUUUUAUGGCGGGGACUUGGUUGGCGAGGUUGCAUAGGGGAACGAUUAAGAAGGUGGAGGUUGCUUGA